UUUAUUUUUUUAUUGUAUGGAAAUUGUGUUUCAAUAAACUAUUUCCGUUCUUUUAGUUUUGCGCACAAUAAUUUUUUCUAUGUAAGACUCUCGCAGAAUAAGAUUGUUAGAGAUUUGUUGGUUGAAUUGGAUUGUAAGGACAACAUGCAAGAACUGACUCACAAUUGAAUGUCUGAGACCGAAGAAAAAGAGUUGUCACUUGUCAUACUUAUGAUAACUCAUGAUAAACCUCCAAACUCCAUGAUUACCAGCAUAGUGCACUCUGGUUUGGUUAUGCAUGCAUCUGGGAAGAAAUUUCAGGAGAUUCUUGAAGAAGCAAUAAUUCGCCCCCUCCAUAUUGAAGGGGAGCUAUAUGUAGGGAUUCCGCCAGGUGUGGAAUCACGUCUUGCUGCCCUGACUGUAGAUACUGAUGAUUUAAGCAAGUUAUCAGCACUAAGUAAUCGUUCUGACCUUCCCUCCACCUUCCAACCACAGCAAAUUGCUCAAGUGGCAACCACUUUACCUGUUGUUUUCAAUACACUGAAUGCUCGUCGUGCAAUCAUACCAGCAGGCAAUGGACAUUUAUCUGCCCGGGCACUUGCACGUUAUUAUGCAGCCCUAGCUAAUGGGGGCAAGUUACCACCACCUCAUUCCUCUGCUUCUAAGCCAUUGCUUGGAAGCCAUCCUCAUAUCCCCAAAUUAAAUUCUUCCCAGAAAGUCCCCAAAAAGCGAAAAUGCAUUGGACGGAAGCAAGCAACUGUGCCUGCUGUUAGUACUAACAGAAGUUAUGAAAAAGUUUCAUGUUCUGAUGAUUUAGAGGCUGAUGAGGGCAGCAAUAUUAAUAGACAAAGUAGCAGUAGCGAUGAUACAAGUAGUAGCAGAAUUGGUAAUAAUCUUAAAACCCAUGUUGCUGGAAAAGUCUACCGGAAUCCUAGGAUUAUUGAUGAAUUCUUGGGUACAGGAGACUACGAGAAUUUAGCUUUGCCAAAUGGAGGUUUUGGCCUAGGAUUCAAGAGGUUUACUUCUAAGGAUGGAUCAUCCAUUGCCUUUGGUCACUCGGGAAUGGGUGGGUCCACAGGUUUUUGUGAUGUCACCAAUAAGUUCUCUAUUGCUGUGACACUGAACAAAAUGUCCUUUGGAGGUGUCACCGGAAAAAUUGUCCAACUCGUAUGUUCAGAGUUAAAUAUUCCUGUUCCGGAUGAUUUCUUGAGAUUUGCUGUUGAGCAAAGGGGAGAGGAUGCGCAAUUACAAAAGGGAAGUCCUAUGAUUAAUUGAUGGUGAAAGGUUCAUUUUAACCCUUUUUCACCACAAUUUAUCGUAUAACUUUCUCGUUUACUUAAAGCUUUGAUGAUUAUAUGUACCGGGAAUCUUUUGGUCCUCUUUAUUGGCAUUUGUAGCGACACAUUCACGUGUACUCGCAAAGCUAUAAUUUUAAUAAGAUUACUUAGAUGCAGUUACAACUGCUGUUGUUUUUAAUUAAAUUUUAAAUUUUACUUUAAGAAUUUGUAUUUUAUUAAAUUUGUUGUAUAUUAUGAAAAUAAAA